AUGCGUUUCGUUAUGUGGGCCCCGCUGGGUCUGACGACACUGAUCUUACUGACCGGUCUGCAAGCCACACCGAUCACAACAGAUAACCCCGGGACUGGGAAACCUUCAACCGUUGGUUUGCUAGAAGAACACCUGACUCAUGCACCCACGACUGGCCCGAGUACAGUUAGCUCAAUCCUGCGAGAAGUUAUGGCUCUAUCACGUCUGCUCAGCCCACUACCGGACGGAGCGUAUUGGACCGGAGGUAAAUUGGUCCGUUAUCGAGUGAACAAUAUGCGUCGCCCAACAUCCACGGAUCAUGUGGUUCUCACCUGGAACGAUGGUCGUGUCGGUCGACCGUCAAUUCUGGGUCUAACUCGAGCGGACGAGGAACAGUUGCGCGAGGGUUACACAUACUGUCUGGCUUUGAACUUGAAAGAGGCCACUUGGCAAGCAAGAGACUGUUCGGAUCGUCUACCAUACGCCUGUCUGAUUACACCUCGUCAAACGGGAUUCACAAACAAGGUACCACUGGUGCCUCAGUUUGGUGAGAGCACUGAAGUUCCCGAGAUGACCGCGGCAACCACAGAGGAAGAUCUAAGUCAAACCACGGCAGAUUUGCUUGCCGGUGAAAUGGCCACAUCGCAGCCGAUGAGCACCACCCCCACGACUCAGAAUGUAAACACACUGACUCCUCUGACAACCGGGGCAGUUUCAACUCAGUCACUGACGACUGAAACUGGUGCAACCCCAUCAACUGCGUCUGGUAUGACCGAAAUCUUGAGUGGUGUGGCUUAUCAGACGACCGGUAUGCCAACAACCGCCAAAGUAUUGAGUGGUGUGGCUUAUGAAACAACUGGAAUACCGACGACCGCAACGGCGGUGAAUGUUGUGAAACAUGAGACGACGGGCAUGCCAACCACGAACAAAUUGUUAUGGGGUGUGGCCCACCACACGACCGGAAUGCCAACAACCGCCCGGGUGAUGAGUGGCGUGGCUCACCACACUACUGGAAUGCCGAAAACCACAGCCAAACUGUUGAGCGGUGUGUCUUAUGAGACAACCGGAAUGCCGACGACCGCCAAGAUGUUGAAUGCAGUAGCGCACGAGACAACGGGCAUGCCCACAACCGCCAAAGUGUUAGGUAGUGUGGCCCACCAAACGACUGGACUGCCCACGACUGCUAGGGUCUUGGAUGAGGAAACCGUUGACAAUGAAGCGUUUUAG